AUGUUCAUUUUAAUGGUUUCUUUUCCCUCCUCUCUCUUCCUGGAAGCAGCUUCUAUGAAGCCUCACAGACCUAACACAACACCUGUUACAGGAGGUGUCAGUCAACUAACAUGCACGUGCUGAGAGCCUGCUAAGGGCCACACAUAGAUGAAGGAGUGCUCACCAGUUUUGCAGUUUGGUUAAAGGCCACCCAGCCAGAUAUGGGCUAGUGAGGUGCGGAAGCUCAUUUGCCGUGUCCAGGGAGGCAGGUCAACAUCUAUGCAGUGAAGAAUGCCACCCCCCCACUCUCUCAUGUAUGAUGUUAAAAUACAUUUCUCAGUUCUGGGAAGGUCCCAAGGUUUCCUACUUAGAAAGGUGGGGGAAUAAGUAGGCAGGAGAGGAGGUUAGGAAACAGGUCCCUCAUGGAUUUGGUAAGCUCCUCAGAGUAACACUUACCCUCCCCCAGCACUCCUCUGGCACUCCAGGAAGAGGGUCAUUUUGGCCCUUCUGGUUCCUAUCCGAUCUCCUGGCAGGAAACAGUAGAUUCAGUCAACAACACUCAGAUCUUGAAAAAAUUAGCAAGGGUGGUAGAGAGGAUAUGGAGGGAGACGGUAGAGACAAAAGCCAGAAAUAAGGGAUCCAGGGGAGAGGAGGGCAGCACACAGGCUCCAGUCAGGCUCCGGGCUGCCAUGGAGGGAGACUGGAGAAAACUGCUGCCACGACUGCUGCUCCUAGGGGUUGCCGCAGGCAGAUGUCUACACGAUGAGACCCAGAAGUCCGUGAGCCUUCUCAGGCCCCCUCUCCCUCAACCUCCUCUGAAAUUCCGCGCUUCCUCCCUCCUGCUCCCUGGCUCCCGAGAUCCUCAGCCCCUCCGGAUCCACGCCUGCCAUGUAGGCGGUCCUCUAUCAGAUGGAGCUCAGGAUCCUGAGGGGGACUGGAGAAGAGGGGAAGCUCGAGCCCUGGCUGCAGUGAGAGAGGCCACCCAGCGGAUCCAGGGCAUCCUCGCAGUGCAAGGACCCUUGCUUCUGAGUCGAGACCCUGCACAGUACUGCCAUGCUGUCUGGGGAGACCCAGAAACCCCAAACCACCACCGGUGCAGCCUCUUGAACCCAGGGUACAAAGGGGAGAGGUGCCUGGGAGCAAAGAUUCCUGAUGCCCACCUCCACGGUUAUGCCUUGUGGCCAGAGCACGGUCCUCCACAACUAAUCCAGCCAGAUGGGCCUGGAGUCCAAAACACUGAUUUUCUCCUGUAUGUGCGAGUUGCCCACACUUCCAAGUGCCACCAAGAGGUAAGCCAUCCCUCAGUACCACACUGACAGAGUUCUGCAGAGUUCUCUGGUCCUCCAUGUUCAAGAUGUCUUCUACCUGUGUUACCCUACCUUCCUCCUUCCUACUCCUACCCUGCCCUGACCCACCUACAGCCCUCUGUCAUAGCCUAUGCUGCCUGCUGCCAGCUGGACUCGGAAGACAGGCCUCUUGCUGGGACCAUUGUCUACUGUGCUCAGUACCUCACCAGCUCCAGCCUCAGCCAUGGAGACAUUGUCAUGGCCACACUACAUGAAUUGCUCCAUGCCUUGGGUUUCUCUGGACAGCUCUUCAAGAAGUGGCGAGAUUGCCCCACAGGACUCAGCGUUAGAGAGAACUGUUCGACGAGGCAACAAGUGACGAGGCGAGAUGAGUGGGGACAGCUGCUUCUUACCACCCCAACUGCCAGCCACAGCCUGGCCGAACACUUGGGAGCGCGAGGGGUUAUACUGGGUGUUCCUUUGGAAGAUGAGGGCCCUUUGUCCUCCCACUGGGAGGCCCGACUGCUCCAGGGUUCUUUAAUGACUGCUACCUUUGAUGGUGCCCAGCACACUCGACUUGACACAAUCACACUGGCUGCCUUCGAAGACACAGGCUGGUACCAGGUCAACCACAGUGCUGCAGAAGAGCUGCUAUGGGGCCACGGAGCCGGCCCGAAAUUUGGCCUGGUGUCUACAUGUGGGACUGACUCCUCAGACUUCUUCUGUACUGGCAGCGGGCUGGGCUGCCACUACCUACUCCUGGACAAAGGAAGCUGCUCCUCAGACCCCAUGCUGGAAGGCUGCCGCAUGUACAAGCCUUUAGCCAAUGGGAGUGAAUGCUGGAAAGAGGAGAAUGGAUUCCCGGCUGGGGCAGAAAAUCCCCACGGGGAAAUCUACCAUUCCCAGAGUCGUUGCUUCCUUGCCAACCUCACUUCACAACUGCUCUCUGGAGAUCAAAUCAGACAUCCUUCUCAAAGCCCACACCUCAAAGAAACAGAGCUCACUGGCCGCUGCUACUUGCAUCAAUGUACAGAGAGGGGAGCAUAUAAGGUGCAGGUGAAGGGAUCACCUUGGGUCCCAUGUCUUCCAGGAAAGGCUAUUCAGAUACCCAGGUACUAUGGUCUUCUCUUCUGUCCUCGAGGUCGGUUAUGUCAGACUACUGAAGGUAUCAAUGCUAUUACUUCUCCACCUGUGAGUCUUCCAAACCAAGACCUGCUAUUCCAGCUGUCUUUAGGAUUAGCCGGGCCUCCAGACCACUCCCUGGGGGAACAGAGAGAAGACCUGGCAGAGGCAGUACUGCAGGCACUGAUGAGCAGAGGUGAAAUUGGCAGGUGCUAUUUCCACAGCCCAUCAAUUACCAGUAGUUUGGUGUUCACUGUGCACAUGUGGAAGCCCCCUGGCUGCCAAGGGCCUUCGGUUGCUAUGUUGAACAGGACCUUGACCUUGACUAUCCAGGAGAAGCCCCUAGAAGUAUCUCAUGGAGGAGCCAGCUUUACCACAGAAGACAGCAAGGUGCUGCUUACCUCAAACCAUAACCCCUUUACAACCCAUCCAAGUCUUUACAUGGGACUUUGCCUAAUGAUGCUCAUCCUGGUGGGUAUGCUGGGAACAAAAGCCUACCAGAAACGGACUACCAUUCAGGUGGGACCAUCUGCCCUCCACCAUUCACCAGACCUCCAUGGCACAAGGGGCCCAGAUGGAGGAGUAAGGGUGGUGUAAUGUUGCCCAGCACAGGACAGGAAGUAGAGGAUUACUCUUUGGGAGAUAACUAAAGGGAAAAGUCUGUCUAUUGUGUACACUGAAGUUCCAAAUGGCUCUUCCCCCAAGUGUCAACUUUAUACUAGCCUUAAGUAUGAAAAUCCUAUGGUUCUAAAGAUCCAUUCUUUAUUUUGGCAUAAAAAAUAAACAAAUCAAUCUGUAAAGAGUAUAGCUUGUUUUCAUAUUAUUGUAAAGAAAACUUAUAGAAUAGGAACAUCUGCUAUCAACUCCAAGGAUAUCCCAGAUGCUUUAGAGAGUCACUUUGGAGUCAAACUACCACAGUGUGAAGGAGGGAGUAACUAUUAUAA